CCUCCAGUUUCAGGUUUCACACACCCUCCGCUGCUGCUUCUUCCUCCUCUCUUUCUCCUCUUCCUCCUUCCCGUUGUCAGCCUUCGCCGGAGGAGCACGCGCUGAAGGAACCGGCCUAAAUUUCACUCCGACCAGCAGACACUGAACAAAGUAAACGUGUUAAGCUUUGGCUUUGAUACUAAGUUCAGUUCAACAUCCUUACUGAUUAAGAUGUCAAAGAAGAUCUCUGUAGAGGAUAAGUUGGAGCAAGAUCCCGCUCCCAGUCGUUGUCAAGUGGACCAGUCCACAAAAGCAUCUCUGGGAGGUAGGAAAAAGGCAGAACCGGGCCAGAGAAACGGAGAGACUGCGUCAUCAUCCCCAGAGAGCGGCAGCUUGAAUGGAGAUUUGAAGCGCAGCGGGAAAUCUCGCCGCCGCAGAAAACGUUCGUCUAAUCCAGACAAAUGCCCAGAAGGGAAAGUUGACAAGGUGAAGAAAGAAGAAAAACCGGACAAACAAACCAGUCAGGACUGUAACCAGCAAGAUGUGUUGAACGGCUUGCAGUCAGAGUGCGCUAAUGUGUGGUUUGAGCGCAGCAUCUACGAGCGUGCAGAGAGCCUCUACCAGAACUGGCUGACUGCCUCCUUUCACAAGACCUCGCAGUCUAACCCUUCACCUCCAUCCUCAGGGAAACGCUCAAACAAUGCUGCCGCUGUGGCUCCAGUUUCCUCAGGACCAGCCUGUCACCAUGGCGAUCGGGUGGCUUGCCACCAUGUCAAACAGGCAGUUUGGGUCAACAAGACGUCUUUCGACCAAGCGGAACGCUGCUUCGCAGAGGGUUCUGCACCUCCAGCAGUUCCUAACUCUUUAGUCCUCCUCUCCUCACCCAACUGCCCCGCUGCAUCAAGAACGCCCGAUGAAGGGUAUCAGUCUCAAGCUCAAACUCCUGCGACCCCUGUCAUCCAACAGGGAGCUUCCACCCCAGUGGCUCGGCAGUCAAUUAACGGGCUUCCCCGCAUCCCGCUUGAGCUGGUAAGGGGGGUGUGGCUUGACAAACCGCUGUAUGACCGUGCUGAAGCCGCCUUCUACCAAAACAUGUACGGUAACAACUCCUCCAAAAGGCCCACCUGCACCUCAACUUCCAGAUGUAACGACCAUCCUCAGAGUCUUGUGGAAGAGGAAGAAGAAGAGGAGGAGGAGCUGGUGGAGGAGAAACCAUUGGUCCUCCUUGGUAAAGCUGAGGUUUUCCACGCUCUUCACCCAAUCCAGGAAGAGGAGGAACCAGCUGAGGCUCCAGAGAAGGAAGAAACACCAGGAAUAUACUUCCUCCAUCCAGACAGCGAGCGGGUGUGGCUCGACAAGGGGCGGUGGGAUGCUGCAGAGAGUCGUUUCCAUGGCACCAGAGCAGCUAAAGCCUGUGCAGCGAAGAAGGAUCGACGAGCAGAAGCAAAAAUUGCCUCCAAGGGCUCACAAAGGGACAAGAAAAUGGCUUCAGUAGACUUUCUGGCCAAAGAGAAGAUCUGGUUUGACAAACCACAAUAUGAUGAGGCAGAGAGACGCUUCUAUGAGCACAAAAACGGAGGCGCCGUACAGACAAUGCCGGAUGUCGGUGCAAAUGCCAUUCUCCAAGACAUUGCUCGAGCCAGAGAAAACAUCCAGAAAUCUUUAGCGGGGCUGAAGACCUCACUGUGUAGCAGAGGAUCUGCCCAGCCCUCCCUGAACCAUCAGUCCCUGCUUAACGCCGGCAGCAACAACCCAGCCGAUCAAGGAGAAAUCAUUUCUCGCAUCAAGAGCCUGGAGCUGGAGAACAAGAGCUUACACAAAGUGGUGGAUGACCUGCGGGCGGCGCUCUCCAGGUUGGAGUGUCGAGUCGCCGUUCUGGAAAAACCUCCUGUGCCUGUGACUGCGGCGCCGCCGCAGUCCUGCACAAAUGGCUCUGCUGUGCAGCAGAAGAGCAGCGCCCCUGCUAAAGAAGAUGAGGAGGAUGAUGAUGAUAUAGACCUGUUUGGUAGUGAUGAAGACGAAGAGGCGGACAAACUUAAAGAGCAGAGACUGAAAGAGUACGCCGAGAAGAAAGCCAAGAAGCCCGCCAUCAUCGCCAAGUCAUCCAUCCUGCUGGACGUCAAACCCUGGGACGAUGAAACGGACAUGAAAAAGCUGGAGGAGUGCGUGCGCUCGGUGCAGGCCGACGGCUUGCUAUGGGGGGCGUCCAAACUGGUUCCUGUCGGUUACGGCAUCAAGAAGCUGCAGAUCUCGUGCGUGGUGGAGGACGACAAAGUGGGAACAGACUUGCUGGAGGAGGAGAUCACUAAAUUUGAAGACUUUGUUCAGAGUGUCGAUGUAGCAGCUUUCAACAAGAUCUGAUCUGUGGACGCCUGUCUUCUGUUUCGCCUCGUUUCUCUGCUGAAUGUGUCGACGGUUUAAUAAAACACUCUUGCACUGAA